GAUCAAUUCUUGAGUCAAAAAGUUGAUUUUACUAAAAGUAAAAGAGCUAAAUAUUUUGCCAAAUUCUCCCAAGCACCUACAACAAUGACACAAGCUGAUCCAACAAAAGUUGCAGGUGUUAUUAAACGUGUUUCAUUGAAAAACUUUAUGUGUCAUGAAAAUUUUGUUUUAGAAUUUGGUCCUAGAUUGAAUUUCAUCAUUGGUCAUAAUGGGAGUGGUAAGAGUGCCAUUUUGACAGGUAUUUCCAUUUGUUUAGGUGCAAAAGCCUCAGAAACUAAUAGAGGUUCAAGCUUGAAAGAUUUGAUUAAAGAAGGUGCUAAUAGCUGUCACAUUCAAGUUGUCCUUGCAAAUGAAGGUGAUGAAGCCUUUGAGCCUGGUAAAUAUGGGUCUGAAAUUAUCAUUGAAAGGGUUUUAAGACGUGAUGUUCAAAGUGCCCCAUACACAUUAAGAUCUGAAAAUGGGAAAAAAGUGUCACAAAAGAAAGCUGACUUGGACGCGAUCUUAGAUUACCAUAAUAUUGCUGUCAAUAAUCCUAUGGCUUUCUUGUCUCAAGAUGCUGCUAGAUCAUUCUUGACUGCUAGUACAGAUGAACAAAAGUACAAAUUUUUCAUGAGAGGUACAUUGAUGGAUGAGAUUCACCAAAACAUUAAGAAAUCAAGAGACCAAGUUGAUAGUAUGGAGUUGAAAAUUAUACGUAUGAAGGAGGCUUUACUUCGUUUGAAGGAUGAUGCACGUGACGCAAAGAAACUGCAUGAUCGUUUGAUAUCAUCUAAUGAUUUACGUGAAAGACAACGUAUUUUGCACGGGAAAUAUUUUUGGAUGCAAGCUGAUAAAGCUCAAGAUAUAGUGAACGAAGUUAGAGAAAGUCAACUUGAAAUACAAAGCACCAUCGAACAGUUGGAUAGAUACAUCAAGGACUAUGAAUCUAAGAUUGCAAAUUUUGAUAUCAGUAAAGAGGAUUUGAGAUUCAAAAAGGAACAUGCUGAAACGGUUUACAACGAUGCGUUGGCUAGUGCUGGAUCUAAAAAAUCAGAAAGAGAUGUGUUUGGUCAUAAAGUCGAGGCAACUGUUCGUAAAAUGAAAGAAACUGAAAAAUUGAUUCGUGACAAUAAGAUGAGAAUCGCUGAUAUAGACAAAGAUAUAAGAAAAGAGGAAGAUAAGAUAAGAGAAAGAAAUGGUGGUUCAAGAGAAGCUUUGGAAAAUGAGUUUGAGAACCUUAAAGGUAGAGUGAAUGAAAUUGAAGGUGAAAAGCAGCAAAUUUCUGAAAAUCUAGCUUCUGCUGACAGCCACAAGGAGCUAUAUAAUGAUCUUCAAAGUCAAAUAGAUGAAAAACAUCAGGUUAUGCGGAAUUUACAAGGCUAUAUAAAAAAUGCGAAAAGCUCUAAAGUUGAUGAACUUGCACCAUAUAAAGAUCCAGUCAAAAGGGUAGUAAAUGAUGUGAAAAGGGGACGUUUUCAUGGUCCAGUGUUGGGGCCUGUUGGUACUUUUUUGUCAGUGAAACAAGGUUUUGAAGACUGGGCUUCAUUGGUUGAAUCAAGAAUUGGGCCUAAUUUGAAUUCAUUCAUUGUGGAAAACGUUAGUGAUCAAAGACAACUACAAAGUAUUUUCCGUAAACACCAUGUUCGUGCCAACAUUGUGCUUAGAAAACCAGAGGAAUUCAACUAUUCAUCUGGUAUUCCAGAUAGAAGAUAUACUACAGUUUUAGAUACACUAGAAUUCAGUAACCCAGCAGUGAAGUUUGCCUUGAUUGAUACAGCAAAAAUUGAAUCCAUUGUUUUGAUCGAAGAUAGAGUUGAAGCACAGCGUGUUCUAGAAAGUCACACCCCAAAUGUGCAGAUGAUCAUUUCCAAGAAAGAUAAAUAUACAGGUCAAGUCUCAAGUAUAAAUAGGAAUGGUGCCUUCAGAGUUGAUCCGCUGUAUAUUGACGGUUCACAACUACCAAAACUAAGACCAAAAGACAGAUCACAAAAUGCUCAAGUUAUGGAAAAUAGAUUGAAGGGGGAACAAGCACAACUUCGUGAUCUUGAAGCCCAGAAAGACCAAAUUACACAAAAUAUCAAUGCUGAAAGAGCUCAUUUUACAGCAAAGAAGAGAAACUUGGAAAUUGAAGAGAAACGAAUCAAGUCAAGAAUCUAUAACAUCCAACAGAAACUUAAUGAUGAUGCUGAUUCUGGUAAAUUAGAAGGUUUGAAAGAAGAUAGAGCCUCAUUUGAAGACGAAAUCAAGGUUUAUGGUGCCACGACUGGUGAACUUCAAGAAGAAAUCUUGAAAUUGAAAGAGCAGUUAAAACAAAAGGGUGAUGAGUACGAAGAACUCAAAGCUGCUAGUAAAGCUGCAAAGGAUGAAGUUUAUUCUAUUCAAAAGAAAAUCAUGGAUUUUGAUAGUGAGAAAGAAUUAAACAUUACCAAAUUACAACAUUUUGAAAAAAGUAAGCAAAAAAGACUUGAAGAAGCUCAAGCUAUGACAGAGAAUUUACCUGCAUGGGAAAAGAAUAUAGAGGAGAAUAUUUUACAAGCUGAAGAAUCAUGUGAGAAGCAAGAAGCUGACUCCAUACGUUUAGAUUCUGUUGAAGCUGUUCAAGAUGCAAUUGAAAAAGUCACUGCUCAGGUCGAGAAGGCAAAUGAAGAUUUAGGAAAGACUCCAGAGCAAAUUGUGAAUGAUGAUGCUGCUGCAAGGGAAAAAUAUGCUGAAGCCAAAGCCCAAUUUGAUAAUGCUGUUGCCAAUAAAACAUACUACCAUUCAUCUCUAAAUGAUAGACUCAAAGCAUUCAGAGAAUCAAGAGGUGUUACAUUUUUGGAAGCUGAUAUGGAUUUCAAACAGUCUCUUCAAUUCAGAAAUUUCACUGGUAAUUUAGAUUUUGAUGUCAACAAGAACAAAUUAACCAUGUAUGUCAGUACCAAAAAUGAUAAAAAACCAAGACAUGUUGAUUCGUUAUCUGGUGGUGAAAAGUCAUUUUCACAAAUUUCAUUGUUGUUGGCCACUUGGAAACCAAUGCGUAGUCGUAUUAAAGGUUUGGAUGAAUUUGAUGUUUUCAUGGAUCAAGUCAAUAGAAAAAUUGGUAUGAGAUUAAUGCUUGAUAAGUUAUCAAAGGAAAAUUCACAAACCAUUUUCAUCACACCGCAAGAUAUUGGUCAAAUUGCUGAGUUGGAUGAGAGAUUUGUUCGUAUACACAGAAUAAGAGAUCCAAGAGCUGCUAGAAGCUGAAUAUGAGUGCGACGUUAAAUAUUUAUGCUGUUGUUAUUUUAAUCGAUUAUCUGUUCUUACUUUAAAUUGUAGCAUAUAGAGAUCAGUGUCAUUCAUUUAUCAAAUAAUUCUAUUCUUCAUCACUUUCAUCU